AUGGACAGUCCUCCUUCUUCUUCUUGCAUCAUUGUUGCUUGUGAUGCCACAAGGGACCGCAAUGAGCAUGAGAUCAAGAUCGUUAUCGAUCAUGUUCGUGCCAGGGAUAUCAUGCUCGCCUCUGGCGACAGGUUGCUUGUGUUAUGCAUCUUGCAUAAGGUGUCUCAUCCCAUGGGGUACCAGACAUUAGCAUCUCCUGAGGCUUUUGCUGGCACCAACUUUCGUGCAAUGGAGGAAGAAGUCAGAAAAAAAGUGCAUGUUUAUGCAAAUGUGCUUUUAUCUACUCUUGAAGAUUUUGAUAUCCAAGGGGUUACCGUCGACAUUCAAGUCACCGCAGGUUUUCCAAUUAGACAAGUUAUUUUACAAGAGAUUAAGAACUAUAAUGCAUCUUGGGUUGUACUUGAUAGGCACCUUCGGCGCGACAUGAGAUAUCAUCUUAACAAGAUACCAUGUAAGGUAGCAUUGGUUAAAGAUGAUUUGUCAGUGGAUAUUUGGAGAUCUCACAAUGCACACGACACAAAUGUCACAGCAACAAAGCCUGUCUUUUCUUUGUCCAAGUUUGUGUCAUUAUCAGAUUGCCAUAGCGUGCAAGAAAUUGAGCAGUCUAUUGUCUCUUGCAAAAGUUAUCCACAUUCCUUAGCUUCUUCUGAUAGCUCUGGUACUAUUAAGAGUUAUUCAACGCAUUCAUAUGCCAACAGUUCAUUACAUUCUGGAUCUUCUUCUAAACAUGAAAGAUCAGGUACAAGCAUCAAAGGAGAGUAUAGACAUCUCAUUACAUCUCAGAUUGGUCAAAAGCAAAACCAAAGUGGCUUUCUACCAAAAUCUUCAGAAGCACCAAUUCUAUGUGCUGGCUGUGGAAUAAGGACAGAGUUAUCUAUCAAAGAGUCAAAUAGGUUCAGCUAUUCUGAAAUACAGCUUGCAACAAAUGAUUUUUCAAAGGAUAACUUAAUAGGUGAAGGUGGAUAUGGCCACGUAUAUAAAGGUGUGCUUAAAGACGGACAACAAAUUGCUGCAAAAGUAAGGAAAGAAGAAAGUUCACAAGGAUUCUCUGAAUUCCAUUCAGAGGUUUAUAUCUUGAGUUUUGCUAGACACAAGAAUAUAGUGAUGCUGUUGGGUUACUGUUGCAAAGAAAAUAAAAAUAUUCUUAUAUAUGAAUAUAUUUGUAAUAAAUCUCUUCAUUGGCAUUUAUUUGAAAACAAUGACGCGGUUCUUGAUUGGCCUCAAAGAUAUGGUAUUGCACUAGGGACUGCAAAGGGGUUGCGAUUUUUGCAUGAAGAAUGUAGAGGUGGUCCUAUUAUUCACAGGGACAUGCGACCGAGCAAUAUACUUCUCACUCAUGAUUUUGUUCCCAUGCUAGGUGAUUUUGGCCUUGCCAAAUGGAUUACAGGUGGUGAUCCUCUUGAAACAAGGAUAAUGGGCACAUUAGGAUACCUUGCUCCCGAGUAUGCUGAAGAUGGUAUAGUUUCUGAAGGAACAGAUGUGUAUUCGUAUGGCGUUACUUUGUUACAAUUGAUAUCAGGACGUCCAGUGGGUAAUCCAGAUCAGGAACAACAAUCUCUUCGACAAUGGGCAGAACCAAAGAUUGAGAAGUUGGCUUUACAAGAACUAGUUGAUCCUCGUUUGGGAGAAUCAUAUGACACAUAUGAACUAUACCUUAUGGCUAAAGCAGCAAAUUUCUGUAUGCAAAGAAAGCCUGAGAUGCGUCCAUCAAUGAGAGAGGUUGUGCGAUUUCUUGAGGGAGAAAGUUAUCAUUUCAAUACCUAG